GGCGCUGUUCCAGGAAAGGCAAAAGUGGCGCGUACUGCAGACCCCUCCCCACUCUACAGAAGCUCGCGGGAGCCGACUCCUCUCUGCAGCUACGCGGGGUCAUAGGUUGGAGCGUACCAAGUGAGGACUGCUGGGGGAGAGCACGUGAGGAGGGCCACACUAAGUGUACAUCCUCUGCGAGAGGAGCUAUGUAACUCCGUUACUCUCAUCACUUCGGCUCUGGGUGGAAAAUAACGGAGAUUCCCACGCGCAGGGAAUUUAGCCGUCUGGACGUUUUCACCGGAGGACUAGCUCCACCCCCUCCUCCUCUCGGCCCGCCCCGGUGCCGCCUCCUCCGCCUUCUCUCACUGGUGGGCCUGGAGGGGGCGGGGCAGGGAGGCGGGGGGCGAGCUAAUCACGCUUGUCUAUUGAAAGGACGCGCCGCCGCAGUAGCGAGGGUCGACCAGCCGGGAAGGAAGCCGCUCUCUGCAGCGUCUGGGGCGUCAGGGCUGAGCAGACUGCUGGUUGGCGCUUGGACCUCGGUCGUGGCGGCAGGUCCCGCCACGUGUUUUCGGCGGCGACAUGGAGCUAGAGGAGUUGGGGAUACGAGAAGAAUGUGGCGUGUUCGGCUGCAUCGCCUCAGGAGAGUGGCCCACGCAGUUAGAUGUGCCGCAUGUGAUCACCUUGGGACUCGUGGGGCUGCAGCACCGGGGCCAGGAGAGUGCUGGUAUUGUGACCAGUGAUGGAGGUUCAGUACCAACAUUCAAAACUCAUAAGGGAAUGGGUCUUGUAAAUCAUGUCUUUACUGAAGACAGUUUGAAGAAAUUAUAUAUUUCAAAUCUUGGAAUUGGACACACGAGGUAUGCCACUACAGGAAACUGUGAAUUAGAAAAUUGUCAGCCCUUUGUUGUUGAAACGCUUCAUGGGAAAAUAGCGGUGGCCCAUAAUGGCGAAUUGGUGAAUGCUGCCCGGUUAAGGAAAAAGCUUCUGCGUCAUGGUGUUGGUCUGGCAACAAGUUCUGACAGUGAAAUGAUUACUCAGUUAUUGGCAUAUACCCCUCCUCAGGAGCAAGAUGACACGCCAGACUGGGUAGCAAGGAUUAAAAACUUAAUGGAGGAGGCACCCACAGCAUACUCCCUGCUUAUCAUGCACAGAGAUGUUAUUUAUGCAGUACGAGAUCCUUACGGAAAUCGUCCUCUAUGCAUUGGUCGUCUUAUUCCUGUAUCUGAUAUAAACGAGAAAGGGAAAAACCCCUCAGAAACGGAAGGAUGGGUGGUGUCUUCAGAAUCUUGUAGCUUUUUAUCUAUUGGUGCAAUAUAUCACCGUGAAGUCUUGCCUGGGGAAAUUGUGAAAAUAUCCAGACACAAUGUCCAAACACUCGAUAUUAUAUCAAGGUCUGGAGGGAAUCCAAUGGCUUUUUGUAUCUUUGAAUAUGUUUAUUUUGCAAGACCAGAUAGUAUAUUUGAAGGUCAAAUGGUUUACACGGUGAGGUACCGUUGUGGUCAGCAGCUGGCAAUUGAAGCACCUGUGGAUGCAGAUUUGGUCAGCACUGUUCCGGAAUCGGCCACGCCCGCUGCUCUUGGUUACGCAAAAAAGUGUGGACUUCCAUAUGUGGAGGUGCUUUGUAAAAACCGAUAUGUAGGAAGAACCUUCAUUCAGCCAAACAUGAGGUUAAGACAACUUGGUGUUGCAAAAAAAUUUGGAGUAUUGUCAGAAAAUUUUAAAGGCAAAAGAAUUGUUCUUGUAGAUGAUUCAAUUGUGAGAGGCAAUACUAUCUCGCCCAUAAUAAAGUUGCUCAAAGAAUCUGGUGCAAAAGAGGUACACAUUCGGGUAGCUUCACCACCAAUCAGAUUCCCAUGCUUCAUGGGAAUAAACAUUCCCACAAAAGAAGAGCUUAUUGCCAAUAAACCAGAAUUUGGUCAUCUUGCAGAAUAUUUAGGAGCAAACAGUGUUGUUUAUCUAUCAGUAGAAGGACUGGUUUCAUCUGUAGAAGAAAGAAUAAAAUUUAAAAAACAGAAAAUGGAAAAGCAAGAUAUUAUUCAAGAAAAUGGAAAUGGUCUGAAAUGUUUUGAAAAGAAUGGUCAUUGUACAGCUUGUCUAACUGGAGAAUACCCAGUUGAAUUGGAAUGGUAGCUGGCAAGGGCAGAUAUGUUGUUUCAGGAUAUGAAGUUGGUCAAGAAGUCAUAGUGGUUAUGCCUUACUGAUUUACUAUUAAUCGGUACAAUGUAAAAUACCACAUACUUAUAUUUACCUUUGUACAUUUUAGGAUUUUUCUGAAAAGGGUACCAAAGCCCUAUGAUUUCUUUGAUAAUCCUAGGUAAAUAUUUUGGUGUUAUCUAGGAACUUGGGUGGUCUUUUCAGUUUUAUUUACUAGCCUAGUAAAACUGUGAUGUUACCAAUUAUGAGAGCAUAUACACUUAAUUUCAGAUCUUCAACAGUAACACAAAGAAUUUCUGUUUUAGAGAGGAAUGCCAAGUACUGUACCUUCCCAAGAAUUCUUACAGAAUUUUGUGGAAUGUUUCUGAGAUUUGUUGAAAUUCAGUUAUGGAAUAUUUUCAUAAUUGAACCUACUAAUUGCAAUAUAUAGUAUGCUUUUUUUUUAAUACAAGCACUGGCUAGCCUUUUUCACCUGGUCAGAAAAAGCAGGUGCUAAGAGGCAUCCAAGUCCAUAUUUUAAAGAGUUUGCAAGAGGUUGGACCAAGGUAGAUGUGCUAUAAAUAGGACAGGUGAGUUAAAUGUAAUGUUACAAAGUGUGAAUCCAUUAUGCCCCAUAAGGGUCUAGCCUCUAGAGUUCAGAUUGUAGUUAUGAUCUUGGCUUCCCUAACGUUAAACAAAUCUUUUUUUAAAAGCCCAACAAACCUUUUUGUGCCUCAGUUUUCCCAACGGUGCAGUGGGAUGCUUAUCUUAUUAAACGAAAUAAUUAAUAGGAAUGAGUAAAUGUCAUGUUUUUGGUAGUUAGAGCCAUUAUUUCACCCCUAAAUUUUAGGAUAAAAAAAAAAUUUUAGGAUAGUGCAUGAUUAUUACCUUUUUAAAAGUUGAUUGUUACUCUGCAAUUGAGAUUCCAUUAUGAUGGAGGAGUCACAGCUGGGCACUGCUUUGCAGCUCUCCUUGAUGUCCUGAGAAUGGCUGUCAAAAUGUAUGGGAAAAGUUUUCCUACCUUUGACUAGAAAGUGUGAGUCAUAAUACUUAGUGCUCUGAUAGCAUAAGCCCAGCAAAGUAACCUAGUACAUCUGAAAUAAAAAUAGAUUGCAACAAACCUUACAUCUUUAAUUUGAUUAAUUAUACUUUAAUGAACUGCUUGAUCAGUUGCAAGCAUAUACACAUCUAUGUGUAUACACACAUAUAUUUGCAAUUAAAGGAUGAAGUAGAAACACUGUAGGGACUGUUUUGUUUAAGGAUCAAGGGGAUAGCUAGCUUUUUGGAAUAAGAAUAUCCAUAUUCAAAUAUCAACUUAUAACCACUUUUUCAACUUUGUUUUAUUGGGAUCUAAUGAAUUAGAUUUUUUAACUGGUGAAAAUAUCUUACUUUUUGAGGGUUUUUUUCCUUGUAACAUGAGAUUUAGAAUUUUUAAAAGACUUAGCCACUACCAUCCAUUUGUGUAAAUUUUUAAAAGCAUGAGUGUUUGUUCCCGUGUUGUUAAGUUACCACAGUUUGAUGUAUAUAGUGCCCCAAUCCAUUUAGAAAGUAUUUAUUAAGAAUUGAAGAUCUGUUGUCCUUAUUUGGUAUAUAGUUUCGAUGUGUUACAUUACGGUAGGCCAAGGUAAAAUCUUGACAGCUCUUUAAGCCCACCUGUAGUGGCAGGUCAGAAUACCCUGUGGCAGUGGCAUAAGCAAACUGGCAUUAAAUAAAGCCCUGGGACCAUUUCAGAGUAUGUGGCGUGUAAUCUUAAAUGUAUUCUCCAAGGAGGUGGGCAAGACUUUUGGGUCACGUUUAGAACUGGCUGUUCUUACAUUUGAUUUUUAAAAACAAGAGACUCAGGGAAAGUACUAAACCAAAUCUCUAAUUUGACUUUUGUAUUUUCCAUGGUUUUCUUUUGCUUUAUCGAGAUGUUUUUCUAAUGGAAAGUAGUAUUGUGACAGUUUGGUGAUUCUACAGAUUUCUUAAUGUUUCUCCAUCAUGGCCUUUUAUUUCACAAGUUUCCGCAGUCUCCAUUAAAUUACAUUUUUUGACAAAUUUAAUCUCAAAUAAAAAAUGUUUAAUUGCUUUAAAAGUUAUAUAGAAUAUUGUAAACUGCAGAGAGGAUUAAAAACGUGUUUUCACAGGAUCUAUAUUGUCGCAAACUAAACUAAGCCUAGUUUUUGUGAUGUUUUUGGUGAUGCCUUGGUGACAAAUACAUGUGAGUAUGUCUAAA